AUGAGGCCGGAAGAAGGGCCAGAAGACGCGGGGAAGCCGCGGCGCUGCGCCGGGGUUUCGGGCGCAAGCAGCAGCCCGCUGCUGUCUUGCGUGUCGAGUUCGCUGCGAAACUUGAAGUCUUUGAUGGAAGAAGAGGAUUUAAAUGCCAUUUCCGACAUUUUUUUGCAAAUUUGCAAACAAAAUGCCCUUUCUUCUCCCAAUUGCAAGUCCGAAACGCCCCCCAGGCCCUCCUCAGCCUCCACUGCUGCGCCGUCUUCUUCGCUUUCGCUUUCUGCUGCUCUCGUGGCGCCCGCUGCAGCCGAGCCGCGCGGUGUACGUACACCCGAACGCAUGCAAGCUGCGCGUACACCCGAACGCAUGCAGCCCCUCCCCCGCCCCAACGACGAGACUCUCCUGCCUUUCUCUCCUAAAGGCAGCUCCGCCAAAGACAGCAGCAGCAGCAGCAGCAGCAGCAGCAGCAGCAGCAGCAGCAGCAGCAGCAGGGCGGCUGAGGAGGGGUCCCCGCGGCCUGCAACUCCGUGCAAGCGAGUUUGCGGCUCUUUUGUGGACUCUUCGAAAAGCAAACAAAAAGAUAAAACAAAUUUCAACAAGUCUGCUGCUGCUGCCCUCACCCGGCGAAGCCCCCGGCUGCACCCGCCUGCUGCUGCUGCUGCUGCAGCAGCAGCAGCAGCAGGGCGUGCGAACCUCUCCAGGGCAGCAGCAGCAGCAGCAGCAGCAGCAGCAACUUAUGGCUGCAGGAAAAGGAGACAAGAAGAAGACGCAGCAGCGAGAGAAGCGAAAAACAGAAAACAGACAAAAGACACGCGAGCAGCAGCAGGCGCAAAAACAGCAGCAGCAGCAGCAGCAGCAGCAGCAGCAGCAGCAGCAGCAGCAGCAGAUAGUGUUGAGAGGGGAGGCCUCUCGCCACUGAAGACAGGCGACAGCAAAAGAAAAGGAAGUUCGGAGUUGGGCGAAGAAAAAAAGCGAAAAGAGGUGAAGGCCUUUUAA